GCUGCCGCUCCCCGGCUGUCACCGACGGUCUGUCAUCGGCCGUGUUCUUCCAACUGCUUCCCAAACAUAGUCGUCGAGCCUCGUCACACCAACAGUGGGUCCAGGUCGGUUAUCGGUAACGCUGAAGAGCCUGUAUCGGUAUUAUCUCGCAAGAACCACGCACGCAAGAUGAAGCUGGGUAGGGGCUGGUUGUGGUGCAUGCUGCUCCUGUCCUCCCUGGCUGUGACAGCAGUGGCUGCCCAAGAAAAGCAUUCGGGGGUUGAUGAUUUUGACCCUGACUCCGACACUGACCUGGGUCUGGAUGAGGAAGAGAGGGAAGCUUUGAUGGAUGACGAGGAGGAGGAGGAGGCACUGGUAGAGGAGGAAAAGGAGACAGAUUACAAGGAUGGAGAAAAUGGAAAAGAAAAGUUUGGCAAGGAAGGAGCUGAUGCUAAUGUCUCUUUUCAGGUGACGUAUGAAACUCCUGUUCCUACCGGAGAGGUCUACUUUGUGGAGACUUUUGAUGAUGGAUCAUUAGACAGAUGGCAGGUGUCAAAGACAAUGAAAGAGGAUGCUGAUGAUGACAUAGCCAAAUAUGAUGGUAAGUGGGCAGUGGAGCAGCUGAAGGAAAACAAAGUUCCAGGAGACCAAGGCCUGGUGCUCAAGUCCCGAGCAAAACACCAUGCCCUUGCUGCUCUGUUGGACAAACCAUUUGUCUUUCAGGAUGACCCCCUGGUUGUACAGUAUGAAGUGAAUUUCCAAGAUGGGAUUGAUUGUGGUGGAGCGUAUAUUAAGCUACUCUCUGAUACAGGCAAUCUAGAUCUGGAGCAAUUCCAUGACCGUACUCCUUACACCAUUAUGUUUGGACCUGACAAGUGUGGCGAGGACUACAAGCUGCACUUCAUAUUUCGCCACCAGAACCCCCUGAACAAAGACUUGGAGGAAAAGCACGCAAAGAGAACAGACGUGGACCUCAAGAAAUUCUACACAGACAAGAAGACCCACCUUUACACUUUGGUACUGAACCCAGACAACAGUUAUGAGAUGUACAUUGAUCAGUCUAGUGUGAGCCGCGGCAGCCUACUCCAUGAUGUGGUGCCUCCAGUCAACCCACCUAAGGAGAUUGACGACCCCAACGAUUCCAAGCCAGAGGACUGGGACGAAAGAGCCAAGAUCCCUGACCCUGAGGCUGUGAAGCCUGACGACUGGGAUGAAGAGGCACUUGCCAAAAUUGAGGACCCUGAUGCUGUGAAGCCAGAAGGCUGGCUGGAUGUGGAAGCAGAGUUUGUCCCUGACCCCAGCGCUGAGAAACCUGAUGACUGGGAUGAAGAGAUGGAUGGAGAGUGGGAGGCGCCCCAAAUCCCCAACCCAGCCUGUGAGACGGCUCCUGGCUGUGGGCUGUGGAAGCCCCCCAUGGUCAACAACCCUCAGUACAAAGGCAAAUGGAAGGCCUCUCUGGUGGACAACCCGAACUAUCAGGGAGUGUGGAGACCCCGGAAAAUUGAAAACCCAGAGUACUUUGAGGACUUGCAGCCAUUCAGGAUGAUGGCAUUCAAGGCCUUAGGUUUGGAAUUGUGGUCCAUGACCUCGGAGAUCUACUUUGACAACUUCAUCAUCACUUCCCACAAGGAGGUGGCUGAUCGCUGGGCCUCUGACAGCUGGGGGCUAAAAAAACUGGUGGCGAGUGCCAAUGAGCCUGGGGUGUUUGCCCAACUGUUGAUGGCUGCAGAGGAGAGACCGUGGCUCUGGGUGAUCUACAUACUGACAGUAGGCCUGCCCAUAGGACUUACUGUUCUUUUCUGCUGGCCAAAGAAAUCAGAAGAUGACUUCGUGUACAAGAAGGUAGACCUGCCUCAGGCUGAUUUAGAGGAGGAAGAAGAGGAGGAGGCGGAAGAGGAAGAGGAGAAUGUGGAAGCAGAGGAAGAAGAGAGAGCUGCCGAAGCAUUAGCCACUGAGAGUGCACCGGCAGCAGAGGCGACAGAGAAAGAGGAGCAGAACAAUGAGGGAGAGGCAGGAGGGGACAGCCUUGAGCGGGAUGAUGAAGAUGAAGAGGAGUUGGAGGAAGAGGAAGAAGGCGAUGAGGGCAAAGCUCAGGAGCGAACAUCAGAGGAUGAGCAAAAUGAUUCUGGAGAUGCUGUUGGGGAUUGUCAAAAACAAGCUGUGAGAAAGAGGAGGGUACGGAAAGACUGAGGACGAGAGCCACACAACUACUGUCUCCCCUCUCUCUCCUUUCCUUCAAGCAUGCCCUAAAAGGGAAGAGGUGGAAGGGCUUUCUUUGUUCCUUCCCCUCUCCAGGUUGAGGAUGCACAUCCUCCAGCCAAGUUGUAUCCUUCAAUCGUCCAUUCUGCCGUGACGACACUCACCUCUCCUCCAUUGCUCGGCAAUGGUCCAGUAGGGGCCGCCAGCAUGCUAGCAACAUCCUGGUUACAUCUCCUAACCCCCCAGCCCCCACUCUACCCUACUCAUCCAUUCCUUCAGCUUGCAAAUAAAUCCUGGAGAGUGUUUGCCUGUUUGGCUUGUCCACUCCGUUUCACAGCCUCCAUGCUUCCCAUCUUCCCUUCUACUUGUUAGUCGAAAACCUUGUAGCCGAAGAAGCCCCACCUCCUCUACCUCCAAUUCGUUCCACCCCAUCUCUGCUUUCAGUCUUCCUUUAAUGAAUAUAGUUCACUGUACUUCUUAGGGUUCAUUGUUGGUAUUUUACAAUGUACCAAUCUGGCUCCUCCAAGAGAACAAAUCACCAGUCGCUGCGGCAUUGUCAUCUCCUGCUAUUCACAGCACUCACCACAGUGCACAGAGGGGUGGGUACAUCUCAAAAGUUUGAUUCUUGCAUUCCUUGCAUCUGUUCCUCUGGCAGGUACAUAUUUGAUGAAACAGUCAUUGACCAAGGUCCCCACUUUUAUGUAGCUAAUAGUCCAUUGAAUGAGUUUUAAGAGCGGGUCAGGAGGAGGGGAUGCCAGACAAUGGAGGAGGACUGCUUUUAAGAUGUCACCAUGGCGACAGGACAUCUUAGAUCAAUUGCCUCAGCUUAGGUUUAAAAGAUUACCUCUUUCAGAAAAAGAUGUUCUGUUCAUAUUUUAAGGUUAUUUUUCAAAGGAAGUCAGGAAGCAUCAGUUUUAUGUGUGUUACGUUUUUUUACUAAAUUAUAGCUGUUUGCAUUCAGAGGAUCUAGAGGAUCAGCACUGAUAACGCUAUUAUGUUUUAGAACUUGUGUUCAUUUUGAAGCCAGUAUGAAGAAAAAGUUUUUUUGAGUGACAUAAGCCGUUUUGUAUUUUGCCUCCAAUUUGCUUACUUUGAACCUGGGCCUGUUUUGAAAUGCUCCAUUGAUAACUUGCCAGGUCUUAGUAGCUUGCCUUUGAAUCCAGCAAUUCUAGGCACCAAGAUAAGUUUGACAGUCAGUAGUCAGUCACUACAUACAAGUCAGCGCGUUUCGCUGAACAACUGAACAUGAAACCAUUCGAUUGGCAAACAGCUGUGCUGUCCCAGAGUGUCUGCAGUUCUUGUUGUAGAAUGCUUGCCUGUAAAGAAGUUAUGCAUAUUUGUUUGUUUUUGAGAUACUCUCAAGAGUUUGGAGCUUAUGUUCUUACCAGAUGGCAAAUAUCCCUGUUUACAUAUGUUUGCAAAGUGUACAUUGCUCUUGGAAAUAAAACAAUAUUUAAUAUGAUUGUUGCAAGUUUUAUCAGCUGUCAUUAAGCAUGUGCGAAGUUUUUUUUUUCCCCAAUUGUAUCCGGCCAA